GCGUCUCCCGACCCAGGAAGGCGGCGGCGGCGGCGGCGACUCCUGGACCAGCCCGCCCGGGGGCCCGCGGGAGGGGAGGAACGCAGCCCCCGACCCCGCGCGGCCCUCGGCCUCGGAGCAGCGAGCACAGCGCGGCUUCUGAAGAGCUGAUUGGCUCAUGAUGGGGAACCACGUGGGAAAGCGAGAGCUGAAUGCUGAGAAGAUCAACAGGAAUGGUGAAACCAACAGAGGAGAAUCUGAGGAAAAGAGAAACCUUGGGGAAUUUGCCCAGGAGACCCCAGAAGACAACGAAGUGUUCGGAGAGGCAGAUGUGAGCAGGAACAAUGGGGCCUCGUCCAAGCGCGCGGCGGUGACAGACUCCAGGCGCACAGCGGACCCCAAGAAUGCCUGGCAGGACGCCCGCCCAGCUGACCCCGCGGGCCGCCCCCACCUGGCCCGCCUCUUUUCCCGAGACGCCCCGGGCAGGGAGGACAACACCUUCAAAGACCGGCCCUCGGAGUCGGACGAGCUGCAGACCAUCCCCGAAGACAGCGCGGCCAGCUCGGAGCCCUCGGACGCGAUGGCGUCGCAGAAGAGACCCUCGCAGCGGCACGGCGCCAAGUACCUGGCCACCGCCAGCCCCGCGGACCACGCGCGCCUCGGCUUCCUCCCCCGGCCCGGGGACGCGGGCAUCCUCGACUCGCUCGGGCGCUUCUUCGGCGGCGACAGGGGCGUCACCAAGAGGGGCUCAGGCAAGGUACCCCGGCUAACGCAGAGCAGGAGCCCUCUGCCCUCCCACCCCCCCAGCCGGUCUGGGCUGUGCAGCAUGUACAAGGACGCUCACCACGCGGCCAGAGCCGGCCACUAUGGCUCCCUGCCCCCGAAGUCCCAGCACGGCCGGGCACAGGACGAAAACCCCGUCGUCCACUUCUUCAAGAACAUUGUGACCCCUCGCACUCCACCUCCAUCACAAGGAAAGGGGAGAGGACUGUCGCUGAGCAGAUUCAGCUGGGGCACCGAAGGGCAGAAGCCAGGCUUUGGCUACGGAGGCCGAGUCUCCGAGUAUAAGUCAGCACACAAGGGGCUGAAGGGCACCCACGAUGCCCAGGGUGCGCUCUCCAGAAUCUUCAAGCUGGGAGGGAGAGACAGCCGGUCCGGAUCCCCCAUGGCCCGGCGCUGAGCCCGCCCGCCGCCCCCGGCCCCUGCCCGCUUCCUCCCCGCCUCCCCCUGCUCCCCCUGCCUCGAGCGCCCGGCCGCGGCUCCCCUAACCCCCUGGAGCUGGAGCUGCGCGCGGAAGGGCCGCCGCCUCCCCCUCGCCCCGGGCCACCCCCAGCCGACGCCGCCGGAGAAGCGAUCACCGAUCACCACGGGCACCGGCGCCCCGGGAGUGGCGCGCGUCCCCUGGGGGGGCCUCGGGGUCCCCGCGGCCGGGGGUCCCCAGCCGGGCCUGCGCUCUGCGCCGGCCACACGACAGCCCCGGUGGCCGGCCGGGGCCCCCUUUGCUUUCCUAACACCCCCGCCCCGUCCAGGACGCCUGGGGUGGCGAAGAGGCCGAGGCAGCGGCGCAGGUGGGAGCGCUGGGACGUCGGGGCGCGGCCCGGGGCCGGGGGUCGGGGGGCUCCGCCUCCAGCCGUGCCGCGCCCACUGCCCACGGCGGGGGCGGCAGAGAGGGGACAGGGACGGCACACGGGCUGGCGACGGCCGCGCCCGGGAAAACAAGGACUUCGGGGAGGCAGGUGCGGGCGCGCGGCCGCUCCGCACGGAGCACCCCGUUUCCCGGGAGCCCGCGAGCAGGAGGAUGUCGGGAGAGGAGAGCUGCUGGGACUCGGGGCCCCGCGCCCCGGCGGUGCUGACCGCGGACUUGGUUUACGUGAAGGCGACAGUUGUGCGCGGAGAGAGCGCGCGCCUCGGCGGCACUAACCCAGGCCCCGCUAACGCUUGCGGCUCCCCCCGCCCCGCGCGCUUAGGGACCCGGCCCAGGGCCCGGCGGUGCGCCGCUGACCCCGGCCGGAGCCAGGAGAGCCCGGUUCUCUCACCUCCGCUGACAUUUCCCGAGCACCUCCCUCUAACCACUGAGCUCCUCGUUUUGAUUUUAGCCUAUUAUUUAUCGGUUUCCGGGGAGCCCCCCACCCUGGAACCCCUUAGAACAAGCACCAGGGAGAGGCAGCGUAAUGGCAGCCUCCGAUUCUUUAAUUCCCUUCUAAUCUGAAUGUUUAGUGUGGGUUUAACAUAACGUCUAUUAAUCCAGGGCCUCCACGAUGAGAGGGCAAGGGGAAAAAAGGGGAAAAAAAGGGAACACAAUUUCAGAAAUAAAACGUCCAAAUGGUUCGACAGGAGCACACGACGCCUUUGAGCCAGGCUGUCACCUGGUCCGCACACGUGGCCACCCCCAAACAGCAAGUGCCGCCGUGGCCGGCCUCAGCACGCGUGCACACUGUGCUCCCACGUCGAAAUAAAACAGUAAACGUUAAUGAUA